UAAGGAAGUAAUGAAAAAAUAUUUUACAAAUAAGAAUUAUCUUUUAAAAUUAAUAUUUUAUUAGUUUUUGCCUUGUGAAUAAUUGUAAUUACUUAUUAGUAUCACAUAUCACAAGUUUGUAUACCUUUUUUCCUUUUAACUUGCUAACAUUAUUUUUAGGUUAUGUUGCACCGUACAACAUUAACACAAUAUGGUCGGUUCAAUCUCAUACGACAAAUAUUUGUCGAAUAUAAAUUAUUAAGGUCACACAAUUAUCUGUUUAUUCUAUUAAUAUGAUAUAUUAGUAUGUUUAUGUGUUUUAAGAUAAAUCGAAAUGAGCUGGUCUUAAUUUAUUAUACUAUAUCGGAAUUCAUUUGUAAGAAUAGCCAUAAGAUAUAAUUAAUUACUUCUGUGACUGAAGUUACUUUCAUUCAAAGUAUUAGCAGUAAUAUACAUCAAUAUUAACAAUGGAUGUCAGUAUACUAUUCAGAGCCUGCGUAAAAACUGUUAGUUUACAAGAUAAAAAUUUAGGAUCUUCUAGUUUUACGAAACCAUUGAAAAAGACAAAAAAUAAAAGUGCUUUUUACGUUAAAACCCAAGCUGUAGUUGCACAAAUAGCAAAACUUAAAGAAUUUUUAUUAGAAAAUCGGAAAGCUUACUUAAAUUUUUCGAAUUAUUUUUCUAACAUACCACGCAUGACUGAUGUAGAUCGCGAUCAAAUUGAUGCAGGAGCUCAAACAAUUAUGAGUACUUGUUCUCAGCUUAUUAAAGAAUUGAAGAGAGAAAUUGCAUUUUCAGAAGUUUCUAGACAAAAUAUGGAACAUCGUGAAAUCGUGUUACUCUUGAUUGAAGAUUAUUUGAAAAACGUUUGUAAAAUUUAUUCAGAACAAAAAGCUAUACGAGUGAAAAGAGCUAUCGAAAUGAGGACUAUAUCUAAAUUUGAAUUAGAUACAAAAUCGAACAAAAUUAUGGACAUGGAUAAUAAACGGUCUGUUUCAAAUUUAAUUGAAAAAACAAAUAACACAGAAAAUCAGAGCAAUUCAGGCAAAUCAAAUCCCAUGAAAGUUCAAGAAAUUAAUGAAGAUGUUAAUACUCUUUUAUAUGAAGAAUUGUCACCUGAAGAUAUCCAGAUGUUUGAGUCAGAAAAUGAGCAGUUAUAUAAUGAACUUAGUACAGUAACAGAGGAGGUCAGACAAAUUGAAAGUAAAGUAGUUCAUAUAGCUGAAUUACAAGAAAUAUUUACAGAAAAAGUACUAGAUCAAGACAAAGAUCUUGAUCGAUUAAUGACAACAGUUGUUGGAUCUACUGAAAAUGUAAAAGAAGCUAAUGAACAGAUUCGACAAGCUAUUCAAAGAAAUGCUGGACUUAGAGUGUGGAUUCUUUUUUUCCUAUUAGUCAUGUCAUUUUCUUUACUUUUUCUUGAUUGGUAUAAUCCGUAAAUUAAAUGUUUAAAAACAUUAUGAUACAUUAAGGUAGAGUGAAGACAAAUAUUUUGUACAUGUUCUAUGAAAAAUGUUAAUGCAAAUACAUAAUAAAACUUGUAUGUAAAUAAUUAUUUUUGUCAACAAGAUAUUCUUAUAACAUUUCCAGUAAUUAUAAUGAUAAAUCGAUUAAAUUAAUUAUUAUAGUUCAAGUAACGUAUACAAAUUCAAAAUAAUAAUUUUUUCGAAUAUCCAUUUUUAACAUUUAUAUAUAUAUAUAUAUUAUUUUUAGUUAGUGGAUUAUUGAUGAAUAAUAAAAUUUUUUUGACAAAAUAGGUCAUUGUAUUUUAUCCCAAAGACAUUGUACAUAAUGGCUACAACUUAUAUAAUAGAAAUUGUAAAUAUUCGUAUAUUUACUUAUAUAUACACACUCGUACAUGUGCACCUAUUCUCGAUGUACCAAUUAAUUUUGAAAUGCAGCAUGGAUUUAACACAAUAAAAAUUUGAAGUUUCGAGUA